AUGUCCACAGCAGUGAUGAGCAUACAUGUACAACGAAUACACAAGCCCUCCGAGAAAGAGCUCGCAAAUUGCGUCGUGGUGCUUGACGCCGCCUUCCACCACAAGCUCUACCUGAGCGCAGUAGGCGGCGACCAGUCCCUUAUCGCCCCUCUCGUGCGUGCGCACGUCAACGCCGCGGUCGUGGGCGGAGAGCUCUGGGCGGCCACGCUGCCCGAAGCCGGCAUUGUGGGUGUGGCACUCUGGUUCGGACCUGGCAGCACGUUCCUUGGGACGGCGGAGCAGAGACAGAUGGGCUGGGACGACAUCAUGGCUCGUAUUCCGGCAGAGAACAUCCAGUGGUGGGACACCUACUUUGCCACGCUUGACGAGAUUUCUGGCCGCGUCCUGGGAGCGGGCAUCAAGCGGGAUGCGUAUCAGUUGUACGUUCUUGGUACGCAUCCCGAGUAUCAACGGAAAGGCGUGGCCACUGCGCUCCAGAAAGAGGUGGAGGCUAUCACUAGAGAGCGCGGCAUAGCCCUUGUGGUUGAGACGACGGGUGCACAGAAUGUGUCAGUAUACGAGAGGCUUGGUUACCGGACGAUGGGCAGCGGAAAGUACGUCCGGGCUAAUGGCCAACCAGGAGAGCUGUUUGUUUUCCUCAAAAAUCCAUAA